CAGUCACCUGCCCGCGCACCUGCUGCUGCUGCCGCCGCCGCCCCUGGGAACAGCUGGCCCCGGCCGCCACAUCUGGAGCCCCCCACCCGCAGCAGCCUCGCGCGCGCGCGCUCUGCUACAGGACUGGUGCCCCCCACCCCACCCCUGCGCAUCUGGGCACUGCGCGCCACCCCCGGGCGCUGGCCUCCGGAGGCAGAGCAGAGGGCCCGCCGCCUUCCAGAUCACCUCUAGCGACCCGGCCCGGCCCGAAGCCUCGCGCGGGAGGGAGGCCGUCCGUCGGGGCGGCACUGUGGACCAGGCCUUGGCGGGCACGCGGCUCCAGCCAGACCCUUGGCGGAGCUGGUGGCUGCCUGGAAGAAGUCUGCUGCCCAGCACCUGAGCAGGAUGCGCCCCACUCGUGGAUCUAUCUCCUGGCGCCUGCCCUCGAAGCAAGAGCUCUGCCGACGUCUGUGACCCGGCGAGUGGGAUAGACAGGAAAGUCAGCACUCAGGAAUUUGCAAAAACACAUUCUUGAGCCCUGUCAGGCUCUCCUCCUCACAGGGAAACAAGAAUCAAGGCCCUGCAGGGGAGGGGCCUUCUGCCUUGGCGGGGAGAGCAUUCCUUCCUGAGACGCGGCUUCGGCCUGACUCACCUGCGAUCAAGCCGGCUUAGGCCCGCGAGGGGGGAAAAACCGAACCCAGCCUGCACUUGUUCUGCCAGCUGGCUUCUCAGCCGACCGGUCCGCGUGGCGUAAUCCUGCAGGUGCCGCGCUCGGAACGCAGCCCCGAAGGCUCCGCCUGGUGAGGGAUCGCGCCCACCCAACGGGCGCCGCGCCUCCCACCCCGCAAACCUGCCUCGCCAGGAAUAUGGGCGGAGCCUGGGGCCCAGCACCGCCGUCGUGACCCACCCGGAGGGCCCCAUCUUUGCCCCCUUUGCCUCAGGAUGUGCCCCCGCCCCGGCGGCACUGGCCAGCAGCACUGCCGCCUCACGGCCCGCGCGCGAUUCAAAGCCCGGCCUGCCGCCAACGCCGUCUAGCCUCAUGCAGGAGACCCUUGCAGAGCCCCGGGCCGCGGACAGUAAUGUGAAGAACCUGCUCAUGUCAUGCCUGAAAGGGCAGCAAGUCAUCAUCAAGAUGGAAGCCAUGAAGAUCAUCCACCCGGAGAAGUUCUCGGAGCUGCAGGGCUCCCAGCCCCGCUACGCCCCCGCCCCCCGCCGCGAGCCGCCCCUCGUCGCCAAGCGGGCCUGGCCGUCCGAGUCGGAGAUCAUCGUCAACCAGGCCUGCGGGGACAUCCCAGCCUUAGACAGUAACCCGGGCAGCCUGGGGCUGUCCCGGACGCCGCCCCUGCCCCGGCGGGAGCGGCUCUACCAAGGGCAACGGAAGGGGAGCUCGGAGCUCUGCUACCACCGCCAGCCCCCGCCGGCCGACGAGGUGAUCGUCAACCAGUACGUGCUGCACCCCGCCACCCCCUGCGAGCCGCUGGAGUGCCCCACCUGCGGCCACACGUACAACUUCACCAACAAGCGGCCGCGCAUCCUCUCCUGCCUGCACUCGGUCUGCGAGGAGUGCCUGCAGAUCCUGUACGAGUCCUGCCCCAAGUACAAGUUCAUCUCCUGCCCGACCUGCAAGAGGGAGACCGUGCUGUUCACCGACUACGGGCUGGCCGCGCUGGCGGUGAACACCAGCAUCCUCAACAGACUGCCCGCCGAGGCCCUCUCCGCCAACCCCGGGCAGUGGAGCGGGGACGCCGACCGCAGCUGCUACCAGACCUUCCGCCAGUACUGCGGGGCCGCCUGCACUUGCCACAUCCGGAACCCGCUCUCUGCCUGCUCCAUCAUGUAAGCUGUGCCCGCCCCGCCCGCCCGCCUCGCCCUUGGUUCCACCCGCACCCUUUCACACCAGCCUGGGCAGUGGGAGCGCCUGGAGGGGGAGGAGGAGGCGGCAAGCGUCCGUCCUGGGAGAUGCCAAAGGCAGACCGGCCCGUUGGCCUGCCCGCUCGAUAGGAUCUGAGCCCGUUUGGCUCCUGAUGUCCUCUCUGUGUGUGCCCGUGGCCACUCCGCAAGUGAGCACCUGUGUUUCCAUGGGGGAGGGGGUGGACAUGCAGCCUCUGGGGGUGGUGGUGGGGAGAACACGGAAGGACUGUUCGGUGUUGCCUGCAGCACUCCAGCGGAUGGAGGAAGGACCCUUAGGAGGAGUGGGGGAGAUCUCUCGGCAGGCUCCCCGCGGCCCCGUCCGUCAGCCUGCCCACUCACCAUCCCCGAGAGCAACCGCGGACCCGGAUCUCCUCUCCAGAGGCAGCGUUUGCUCCUUCCCUGUGGCUCAUGGCGUGGGGGUCCCAGCAAGGCAGCUGGGCCGUCUGAGUAUGGAAGUCGCCGGGGCUCAGAGGAUUACGGAGCAGCCGGAGGCGGUGGUGGGGCACAGGGACCCCGAGAGGCAAUGCCAGGCAGGGCCUGUGCCAAGAGCCACCUUGGAUGUCAGUUCCUUUUUUUCUAAGUUAUUUGCCAAAGCUCCUGUUUCUGUGGCCAAAGCUGUCUGGAGUCCAAUGCACGGCUGCCAAUGGAGAGACAGUUGCCAACGGACCUUCGGGUGGGGUCGCCUGUUUCCUCGACGCAGCUCCUAGAGAGAAGCUGAACGAUAUGGACUUCCCCCCCUUUUUAUCCUCGUUUUGGAGGAUCUGUGUUCCUCAUCAGUGUUUCAGAAAUGCGUCUUGUUUGGGACCUUGCCGUCAAUAAAAUGGAUUGAAGUU